GGGCAGCGCAGCCGCCUCUUCCGUUCUCUUCCGCGGUUGCCGCCGGGGAGGUCGCGCUGCGCCAUGUGGGGCCGGUUCUGCGCCGCGGGGCGGCAGCUGGCGCGGACGAGUCCCGGCCGGUGAGCAGCAUCCGCCGCUGGUCGACUCGUGGGGUGGGGGCUUCUCCGGGCGGGGCGAAGAAACACUCUGCACGUGCUCAGAGGCUCCCCUUCUCCUCCUCAGCUUUUUCCCACGUUUAUGAAGCCCCGUAUUCCGAGCCGGGGUUUCAUCCCGUGGGGCCCUUCCUAGAAGUGGUUGGACUGUAGCUUCUCUCAUCCUUUUCCAUGGGUCAUGCUGCUUGGGGGCUGGGUGGGGGGUGUUAGGAGGAACCCCUGGGGAACCGACGCUCAGAACCCCCGUAUUCUAUUAUUUGAGUUUCUUGCUGGAGAGUGAGAGGUAAAGGGAGGCUCUAAACAUGUGCAGAGUGCCUUCCACUUUCUGCAUCUGGGGGAAAGGGUUUUUUUUUAUGGUUGUCUUUGACCCCAAGACUUGUUGUUUUUAGUAGCUCAGGUAUUUGGCUCCCGUUGCUCGGUCCCUGCUCCUGCCCACCUAGCAGUUCGAACGCACGUCAAAGUGCAAGUACAUAAAUAGGUACUGCUCCGGCGGGAAGGAAAACGGCGUUUCCGUGCGCUGCUCUGCUGGUUUGCCAGAAGCGGCUUAGUCAUGCUGGCCACAUGACCUGGAAGCUGUACGCCACGACUGGACCUAAUGGUCAGGGGUCCCUUUACCUUUAACCUUUUUGGAAAAUCUGAUUGAUGAAAGCUUGCUUUCUGACAUUUUUUUUCCUGAAGGAGGCUGUUUUGUCUUAAUUGUCUCUCCCUGCUGCCACACCUACCUCCUCUGCUGGCCUGGGACUGAUAAAAGAAAAGAGAAAUUGGGGGGGGGGGGGUGGAAGCCGCUGGUGAAACAUCCCCCAUUUCUCCCUGGAAUUCUUGGCGGUUGGGUUUUGUGAAGUAUUGGGAGCAGUGGUCUUAUUUAGGGGUGAGAAGCCCAACUUUCUGACUCUGGCCGUCAUGCUAGUUUAUCUCUAAACACCAAAUGAUGGGGAUCCACAGUGCUGGAAGGCCUGUGUUGUCUUCCUGGAUGGAGGCAUCGGACUUGCGAACCAUCAGCUCCAGCCAGCGAAAUAGUUGGUCAAGGAUGGUGCGAGUUGUAGUCCCAAGAACCGGAAGGCCACAGGUUUUGCUAUCCUAAGAUUUGGUAUGAUCCAGCAGGACUCUUUUAAUGGUUUUAUUCUGUAGCCUGGACUGUAUAGUUUGAUUUUUGAAGGCCUUGCCUCAUAACACUUGGGCUGAGCUAAGAUUGAUAUAGUUAAGGAUUUGCGCUUGUAUCUCACCUGUUUGCUGGUGCUCUCAAAGUCCAGGAUUAGAACAAAUGGGCUGAAGGUGCGAGGGAAGCAGAUUUCAGCUAAACUUUAUAGGAGAAAUGUCCAGUAAGGGGCUGUUCAACAAUGGAAGAAGCUGCCUUGGGAGAUAAUGGGCUCUCCCUUCCUGCACAUACUUUGAGCAGAGGUUGGGCCAGGGGUUUUGUGGUUGCAUUUCACACUGCAGAGCCUACAUUGGAGUAGAGGACCUCCAAGUUCUCUAGAAAAGCCCCUUCCAACUCUGACUCUUAAGUCCUGAAUCAGCACUCUCCAUUCCUGUCAAGUGGUGUUUUUAAAGAAGGCUAGGCCUCACCUUCUUAAAACUAAGUUGACUCUCCCACUAGCUAGAGUUGUGCUGUGUGGAAGUGUGUGCACAGUGGAGGUUCCCUUUUACCCCUCCAAAAUUGGGAGUUUUAAAAGUCUUGUUUACUAAGGUACCCUACUAGUGUGGCCCUAAACACCAGCUUAUAGAUUUCACAUCCCUGGAAUUUAGCUCCUGAGUUAUAGGUACUUAUUGCAGGAUUUGGCUCCUAGCACUCCCCCCUUCCAUUUUCCUGUGCCCUAAUUAGUCUAAGUUGUAUUAAUUAUACAACUGAAUAAAUGGGUGCCACCUGCCUAUGCUCACACAUUUGCUUAACUUGAUGCAUUGGCUCCUGAGCCCAAGGUUUCCCACCCCAAUUAUUAUUUUUAAAGGAAGACUCAUUGUUUACUUUCUCCUCUUCCUCUCUCUUUUUGUGUAUAUAGUUUCAGGCCAUUUAAUCAGAGACUCUGGAGAUGGAAGAGUACUUCUGCCAAUGAAAGGGCACUGCAGUACAAAACUGGAGAUCGCAUCCAUGGAUUCACAGUAAACCAGGUACUUGUCUGGUUUUCCUGGUCGCUCGGGGCUCUCUGGCUCUCUUCUCCCAAGAAAGUUGGGGUCUCCCAAGAAAGUAUUGUCUGAUCUGACGGUAAAAAAAAAAGCUUGAAAACUCAGGAAGGCCUUUCCACAUCAGCUUCUCAGCGGAGGAACACACACGCUGUAUUUUGCAGCUGAUUCUGGGGGCUCAACCAGUCAGUUUAUAAACGGCUAAAAGCAUAAGGAGAGCCCUGCUGGGUCAGACUAAAAGACCCAUCUAGUCCAGCCUUCUGUUCUCACAGUGGCCAGCCUGAUGCCCGUAGUAAGCCCACAAAUAUAGCAUGAGAACAGUUGCAUUCUCCUGCUCAAGGUUCUCCAGCAACAGGGGUUCAGAGGCAUGACUGCAUUUUGCGGUAGCAAAUUCCGUAGUUCAAGUUGUGCACUGUGUGGCAGAAGCACAUCUUGUCUGUCCCGAAAUUCCUACCAUACGGCUGCUUUGGGCAAUAACCAAUGCUGGUGCUGCUCAGAGUAGGACAACAAUGGAGAGGUUGCUUAAGUCCAUUGAUUUCAGUGUGCCUGCUCUUGAGAAUUACUAGCAUUGGGUAUAGGAGGGAUAGCACCAUCCCUCAGUAGAGCAUGAGACUCUUAAUCUUGGGGUUCUGGGUUCGAGCACUACGUUGGAUGAAAGGUUCCAGCAUUGCAGGGGGUUGGACUAGAUGACCCUCAGGGUCCCUACAUGUUUUUGAUUCUGUGACUCCAGGCUCUAAUGUUAUGAGAGGGAGAAUAAAUUAUCUGUAUCCACAUUCUACACACCGUGCGUUAUUUCAUAUGCCUCUUAUUUAAUGUCUAACCCCUCUUUUACCUUUUCUUUUUUUGCUUGGUACUUAACUGCCUGCCUGCAUUCUGUAAGAAUUGUGCCCAGGCAACUUGGUAGAAUAGCUUGUGCUCACUGGAGAGGCCCUGAAGUUUUACCUUUGCCUUUAUUUAUUUGUGCAUUGUUCAGCUUCUGAGAGCGUUGUUAGUGUGAGUCAAAUAGCUUAAUGAUAAUAAAAAUGAUUGUGGCCAUUUGUAUUAACCGAAAUAAAUGUGUGUGUGCGCGUGUGUGCGUGCUUGCCCACCGUAGGUGACAGCUGUACCCGAGUUAUUCUUAACUACUGUCAACCUGAGCCAUGAUCAGACGGAAGCCAAGUAUUUGCAUGUGGCAAGAGAGGAUUCCAACAAUCUCUUCAGGUAGGUGUGUUGGGAUCGCUAGGGAUGGGGAUAGAAUCGUGACUUUACGGGAGUGCCAUUUAGGGCUUCCAAGUAUGUUUGGAGACAAGGCUGCAUCUGCCAUCAAUUGUGUGAAAGGUCCCUGGAAGGUCAGAGGUCAGUAUAAGAAUUCGUGGGGUUCUACUGCUUGCUUCUUAAGGUGCCACUGAGAAUGCAGCUCCCACGAAAAGGAGGGGAAAUCUGGGGUCCAGCAUUAAAGGAAUAACAAAUUAUUUUUAUAUGUAUGGUGAUGUUUUACUUCCAUAUUUUAACCUCUCCAACCUUUUCCUGAUUACCUUACAGUGUUCAAUUCCGUACCACUCCAAUGGACAGUACAGGCGUCCCCCAUAUCCUCGAACACACUGUGCUUUGUGGUUCGCAGAAGUAUCCUGUCCGAGAUCCUUUCUUCAAAAUGCUAAACAGGUCACUCUCCACGUUCAUGAAUGCCUUUACAGGUGAGCAAACGGGAACAAGCAGCCUCUUGCAUUUUUCCCGUGCAAACGGCAACUUACUCAUAUGAUGAAAUCUAUGGUGCCUGUCACUCCUUCCAAUUCCAAACUCGAGUGGAGAGUGCCGGCAGGACUGUAGCCAAACCAAGGCUGCUGAGAAAUAAGAGGGGAGGUAAAUGCAUGCUUGGGGCGGUGUGUAUCAUUGCACAAGAGCAAAAAUAAAGAAAAGAAAACUAAGAGGGUAAAAAAGCCACCAAUCAGGACUGAGCAUGCUCUGCAGAUAUUGAAUAUAUAUUUACAGUUGGAAAAUAACAUGGUAGGGAGGGAGAAGAAUGAAGUGCCUUGCUUGGAAUGUUCCUGGAACAUUAAACUCCCUUUAGGCAGGAGGAAAUGCAGCAACAUUUUAUUGCAGGCCUCAACUGCAUGUCAGUUGCAGUAGAACUGGUUCAGAUAUGUGGAAGGAGCCUUAUGGGACGUACUGAGAGACCCAGCGCUUUCUUUAAGGAGCAAUUGGAGUUCUGCACGUUGCGUUGAGACCUUGAAAAAAUGCAAACUGCAGCCCCAUUGUGAUGCAUAGCCCAUUUGGGAUGUCAACAAGGUAGCCCCUGCCCCCAAGAUCCCCAUGAAUACAUUUUUCUUGUCUGUUUACUGACGGAAAGAAAACUGACUUGGAAAAAAAGGAGACAAGAGCGCAGUGCUGGGAAGCUUCUGCAAAACUGUCCGCUUAACGCCUGGCUCAGAUCUGGGGACAAUUGCUGCCCUUGAUAAUGUGCCCGCCCUGUUUGGUUCAAGGGUGGAGCAAAAUAUAUCAUUUGCAAGCAGAAACUUCUGGGUUUAACCCUUGGCAUCUGCAGUUAAGAGUCUCUGGAGAUCGUGAAGAGCCCCUCCCAGUCAUUGCAGAUGGUAGUGGGGUAAAUGGAGGAUGGCUGCAACUCUGUGUAAGGCACUUUUGGGUGUAGAUAGCCAUGGAAUCGUGGUCUUGGGGAGCGAGUUACAAAAAAAACACCUGCCACCCUGAUCUGUUAACUAUAAUAUCUGAGAGGAGCUCUGUUCAUAAACAAGAUGAGCAAGACUAUUAGAGCGAAAGGUUAGCAGUAGCCCCACCAUCUCCUGUCCAUCCUGGUAGCAUGGAUCCAGUGGAUCUAAAACCUCGCCCUAGAACACACACCCUUCUCAGAAUUGCAACAGAGGAGGGGGGUUGCAGCAGCAAUCCUUGCUAGGAAGGGGCUUCAGAGGACAGGCCUCCCUCCUGGAAAGGGAGAACCAUGGAAUCCCAUUGUCCCUGGGACACCUUCAUUAAAUUCUUAAUAUUUAUUUUGUUACCUUUUCCCACAGCUAGCGACUAUACACUCUACCCGUUUUCCACCCAAAAUCCCAAAGAUUUUCAGAACCUUCUGUCUGUAUACCUGGACGCGGUGUUUUUCCCUUGUUUGAGACACCUCGACUUCUGGUAAGACUUUCAUGUUUUGGGCACAUAUACACACACAUGGUGGUGCUGCCCGAAGGAGUGUUGACCCCUCUGUUGCGUGUCUUCAUUUGCACAGGCAGGAAGGCUGGAGAUUAGAACAUGAGGAUCCAGCAGACCCUCAGACACCGCUAGUCUUCAAAGGAGUUGUCUUCAAUGAGAUGAAGGGAGCAUUUGUAAGUUCCUUUUUCAAAAUUGUUUUAAUUUAAGAACGCAAUAAGAGUCCUGCCAGAUCAGGCCAAACGCCCAUCUAAGUCCAGCAUCUUGUACCGUCAGUGGCCAACCUGAUGUCUUUGGAAGCCCACACACUGGACCUGAGUGCAAGAGCACACUCUCUACUUGUGAUUCCCAGCAGCGGACAUUCAUAGUUAAGCUCUCCUAACCAUGCAUACAUGGAGUGGAUUUGCUUAUCCACUCCUCCCUUUGUUCUGCUGCUUCCAUCACCCUCCUGGAAAAAAACUGCUCUUUAGUGCUCAAUCAGAGCUAACAGGAAUUUGGGUUUUUCCCCGAUUGCCAUUUGUUCUGAUAUAUCACUAAAGAGCUGUUUUUCCAUUGGAAAGGAGCGGGGCAAGGGAAAAUCUCCUUGGACCCAUACGUAGAAAGCAUGGGUCAAGUGGAAAACAACCAGGACAUGUGCUUUCUAGGCACAGCACACGCAGAAGUCUGGAUGAGCCCUGUAUAUUUAUAUCUAUACAGCACAUUUUAUGUAUAUAGUACAUUUUACAAUUUUUAAUGUGCUGUGAGCUGCCCAGAGUGCCUGGGGAAACCCAGCCAGAUGGGCGGGGUAUAAAUAAUAAAAUCAUCAUCAUGUCCAAUUGACCUAUUGACUGUAUUUGUAGUAAACCAGUGUUUCUAGCUAACCAUGGUUUAUUGUGAAACAAGCAGUAGAUUAGUGCACACAGCUCCAUCACUCUGGCACUGCUUCUCCCUGACAUGAGCUGGGGAAACAAACCAAGAAUCCACAGUUUAGCUCAGCUUCCUGUGAGGCCCAAAUACGGGAUCCUGAAUACCUAACAAGCCAGGAUUUGUAAGCCAUCAACAAACCAUUGUUUUAAGUCUGGGUGGUCAUCCAUGCUUGUAGGGGGCAGCCAUUUACAUCAUGGGAUGCUGGAGCCACUCCUAAAUCAGCACUUCAAGUAAGAUCAAUUCUUUCUCAUGUCAGAGGAGUAACGCAGGAAUGAUCAGGUAGUAUGUACCAGUAUGAUGCUUCUUCACAACAAACCAUAAUAAGCCAGCGACACUCACUCAUCACAAUGUUUCAGUGCGUUCACAGCAUAAAUCAGUCCUUUCCUAUCAAUCUAUAUAUUUUUCCACAAUUUAAUGCUGAAAUGGGGAAGCUUCUUCAGCCUGAGGGCCACUGUCCCUCCUGGGAAACUUGCUGAGGGCCACAUGCACUCUUAACUCCAUCCUGAGUCUUGGUUAAGAACGGGGUUGGACUAGAUGACCCUCAGGAACCCAUUCAACUCUACAGUUUUGUGAUUCCUUCCACUGUUUUCCUGUUUUCUGGGGAUUAUUGGGUUCUCCAGGAAAACUGUGGCUAUUACCUGAUGUGCUCCCUGAAGUAGCAGUGGUUGUUGCAGGUGAGUUUUGCUGAAGCUUUUUUACUCCUACCUAAAUGAUUUCUUUUAAGACAGACAACGAGAGAGUAUUCUCCCAGCACCUUCAGAACAAGAUUCUCCCUGACCACACCUACGCAGUUGUGUCCGGCGGCGACCCACUGAAGAUCCCUGAUCUUUCCUGGGAACAGCUGAAGCAAUUCCACGCAACACAUUACCACCCUAGUAAUGCAAGGUGAGAAGCGUGCAUCUGAAAGGGAAAGGGGUGCUUUGUAAUAAUCCCGGGUGUGCCCAACACAGCUAUUGCAGCUUCAGCUCUCAGUUGGGGGAGCCAGGAAAUAAGUCAAUCCUAGCUGGGUGUGUGGUGUGUGUGUUUCAUUUCCUGUGCAAAUGACCCAGGGAAUUUUAAGGGCCCAAGGUUGCCCCAGGUGGGGCUCCGCAAAGUUGUUCUGCCAUGUUGGAUGCCGGCUAAGGCUGACUAGGCCAAAGCUUCCUUCUUCCGAUGAGACACUCAGUUUAUCACUUUCUACGAGUGCUUCAUUGUGGCCGGAGAAAGCAAUGAGCCAUUUUUUAAAAUAAGGUACAUGUUUCUGCCCAACCACAUGCCCCAACUUCCUAUCUCUGUGCCUCUAGUGAGGGAGCUCUCUUCACUUUCUAGCCCAUUUUUUCUAUGGCUUUCUAGACUUUUCCAAGAAUGCAAAAAUCACUGGUUUUCAGUAGCUUUGCAGACUUUCGACUAAGAUUAAAUGUAGAAAUAAUUGCUUUUUCCUUAGGAGCGAUGCUGAGGUAUACUGCUCCAUGAAUUGUCAUUUUAGGAUUAAUGAUGUGUAUCAUUAGCAUUGGGAAAGUAUAAACAAAAGUGAAAGAUCUGCAGAAUAAUAGCAUCAUAGAAUUAUAAAGUUGGAAGGGACAUCUAGUCCAACCUCCUGCAAGGCAGGAAUCUCAACUGGAUCUUACGUGGCAGAUGGUCCUCCAGCCUCUGUGAGUCAGAGAUGGGCCUUUGGGCUUGACCAUGGUCUAAAACAUGGAACAUAAAUCUUGUGGCAUCUAUAUGUGCAAAUGGGAGUUUUUGGAUCCAGGCUUUUGAAUAUGCAAGCUUAUUUUGCCUGUUAAUAGUAGUAUAUAAUAAAAAAUAAAAUUCCAGGUUCUUCACUUACGGUAACUUCCCACUGGAACAACACUUGCAACAGAUCCAUGAGGAUGCCCUGAGUAAAUUCCAGAAAAUUGAGCCGAACACUGCUGUCCCAAUACAACAGCUCUGGGAUAAACCUGUGAGUACCACAAGAUUUCUACUCUGGAUUUCCAUAGGUGACUCUUGAAACCCACACAGAGGCCAUUUUGUCCUUGGUCGUUUCCCAAAAAACACUUUCCAGCCCAAAUGUUUAGCAGGGAUGACUGUAACAGCCGCAGUCAAGUCAAGUGUGGCUUCUAGUUAUCUUGUGAAUAGUUCCUGAUUGAGGAAAGAUGAAAAUCUGCCUGGCUUUUUCAUCUUCUCCCACUGUAGCUCUUCUGGUACAUUUUGAAUGUGGAAAAAUUUCUAGGAAAUGUUUAGUCGCAGUUCAGUCUGUUUACAUGCCAUAUUUCCCACAAAUGCAUAGGAAUUUUUAAAAAAAUAAAAAAUCCAAAUACAAUAGCGUAAUAACAAUGCACAAGAAAAAGAGAUAAUAUCUAGGGUUGUGCAGCCUUGGUUCUGAACUAGAUCAAGGGCCUUGUACAGUAUUUAAUUAAGGUUUUAAGCACCAGGCAGGUAUCCAUAGCGGGAGGGAGUUGCACAGUAUGGGCCCCACUGCAGAGAAGGCCCUGUCUCUAUUUUUUUUUUUAGCUGCCUGUUUUACCUCGGGUGGAAGAGGCCGGGUUCAUGGGCAGCUCUGCCUUACACUGUGUCACACCAUUGGUCCAUGUAGCUCAGAAUUGUCCACGCUGUUUGGCAGCAACACUUCAGUGCUUCAGGCCAGAGCCUGAAGAUGCCUGUUUGGUUGACUGAACCUCUGACCUUCUGCAUGCAGUGCAAAUGCUCUGAAAGACUGCUAUCUUCAGUGAAUAGAUCUUGGGAAAGCAGGGCUGGAAAAAGACCCUUGCCUGAGACUUUGGGGGUCCACAGCCAGUCGAGCCUCGACUGUGCUGGGUGAUUCUCUGCUUGUACAGUUGGAGGCAGUCAUGCUUCUGGAUACCUGGAAACCACAGGAUGGGAGGGUGCUCCUCUGCUCAGGUACUGCUCCUUGGGUUUCCCACAGGCACCUGGUUGACCAAUGUAAGAACAGGAUGCUGGACUAGAUAAUAAUAAUUUAUUACCCCGCCCAUCUGGCUGGGUUUCCCCAGCCACUCUGGGCAGCUCCCAACAGAAUACUAAAAACACGAUAAAGCACCAAAUGUUAAAAACUUCCCAAUACAGGGCUGCCUUCAGAUGUCUUCUAAAAGUCAGAUAGUUGUUUAUCUCCUUGACAUCUGAUGGGAGGGUGCCACUACCGAGAAGGCCCUAUGCCUGGUUCCCUGUAACUUUUCUUCUCGCAGGGAGGGAACCGCCAGAAGGCCCUUGGAGCUGGACCUCAGUGUCCGGGCUGAACGAUGGGGGUGGAGACACUUCUUAAGGUAUACUGGGCCGAUGGUCUGAUUCAGUGUAAGGUUGCACAUGCUCAGCUACAGCAUCUCGCUCUCAGGCGUCUCUUGCCAGUGAGCUUAACUCUGGCACUUCCAUAUAUUGGAGGCAGAGAGAGAGGGCUGCAUUCCCCUGCCUUCUCAAAUCAUCGGUUUCUCUUUUGCAGAGGGAACACCAUGUGACCUGCGGGACUGAUUCGCUUGCUGCAGACUCCAAGAAGCAGACGAUGGUCAGCGUCAGCUACCUCCUAGCAGAGUACGUGGAAUGGGAAAUGGAUGAGUUUCAAACAGCUUGCCGUUCCCUGCUGAACAGGGAACCCUGAAAUGCAUUGCAUUGGGCUCCCACCAUCUCUGCCUUCUCCAGUUGUGCUUAGUGCAUAUUGACCCCAGCCACCAAAAGCAUAAAAUGACUAGUUUGGUGAUGCUUAGCCUCGCCCCUUGGGAUCCUGGCUCCCCGCCCCCCAUACUUCCUUUUCAGCAAGGCUUAGCUGAGAAAGGGGUGCAGUGGUCAUUGUUUUUUUCAGAGGGCUAACUUGCAUAUCUUGAUUACAUUAUAAAGCAGUCUGCCCAUCUCCCAAAAGCUUGGGGCAGUGUCCAUUGUCUCCCAACAACAAUCCUAUCAGGUAGUUAAGACUCAGUGGCAGGCAGUAUAUGACUGAUAGAAAGUCACUAGGCUUCAUGGUUGAGUAGUGAUGUGGAGCUGUCACCAGGGGGUGCUGCUGUCUUUUGCCAUGUUUUCAGUCCUCUGACAAUUAAAAGCCAUGAAGGUUACAUCCCUGCAGUUAUAUGAUGAGUUGGGAUUACACAUUUGCAGAAUAUGGCAGAACAGAGUUGCCAUAUGUCUGGAAUUUUCUGGACAUAGCUGGUAUUCAGCCCCUUUAAGUAGUGUCUGGGCAGAAAUUGCCCGUGCCAGUAGUAUAGAUUUUGGUGAUUUUGGCUUUUUUUGCAAACAACUUUGGGCAAAACCAGAAAACAAAAGCUAUAGGCUUGUGGCACCAUUGCCACUUUCCCACCCUCAUAAUGCUCAGUGAAUCCACAGCUAACUCAGCACUGGACACCGUGGAAUUACCAGUAGAAUCCUUAGAAAUUAGCAUUUUAGAAGGUUGAAAGUGAUUCACAUGUGUUACUUUGUUAUAAAACUUACCACAGCCUGAUCAGGUAGGUCAGUCAGCCUUCUGCUGGGGUAGAUUGAAGUGGCUCCUCAGCUACCUGAUUUCAGGAGUCAUAAAAGGACAAAUUAUUUGGCCAUUUUCUUUAUUGAUUUCGUAUAUUUAUGACAACAAAUGUGGAGAGUGGCACUUAAUCUAUAGAGGUUCCUGUCUAUAAUCCACAGCUACUAAGAAUGUUUCCGGAACCUAUAAAAAUGUCACAGAAGACUCUCUCCCAUUUUCUGCAUUGUUUGCCAGAAUAACUUGACUAGCCUUGUGUAACUCUGCACCUGGAUUCAGGUUUCGGUUUGGUCUUAACUGCCGUCGUUGUCCUUUAUAUGCUGAAUCCCAUGGUACUAUUGUAAACUUUUUCUCUUUUUAGCAUUACAGAUAAUUUCGAAUCCUUCACGCUGAACUUGUUGUCUUCGCUGUUGGUUGGUGGCCCCAAUUCCCCCUUUUAUAAAGCUUUAAUCGAGGCUGGUCUGGGUUCAGAUUUUUCGCCAGAUGUUGGGUAAGUGUGUUAGCUGCGUGCAGCAGUGUAGGACUUCACCCCACAACUUUAGUUCAAUUUGUUGUUUUUUAAUUAAAUUACUCAGGUUGGGCAUUUAAAAUAGGGGCAAAGCACACUUUGCUCUUUAUUUCACUCCCCUGCCCCCAUCCACCCAUCCAUUUUAUAUGCUGCUUAACACUGUGACUUCUAAGUGGCAUAAAGUAAGGUUGCAACAAGGCAAUGUGAUGUUAUGAUCAGAGUGUCAGACUAGGAUCCAGAAGACUCGGGUUCAAAAUCCCCUCACAUGCCACAAAGUUUACAGAGUGACUUUGGGCCAGUCACACUAGGCUGACACAAAUGAAAUAUUUCACACUGCUGUUCCCUGAUUUGACUUUGAGGGGGAGAAAAGAGUUCAGGCCAAGACCAACAAGUAAGUGAAAACACACCAACUGCAGGCAAUUCUCGAUUUGGGGUUAUGUUCUGGGAGGGAGAAGGGACGCGGGUGGUGCUGUGGGUUAAACCACAGAGCCUAGGACUUGCCGAUCAGACGGUCAGCGGUUCAGAUCCCCAUGAUGGGGUGAGCUCCUGUUGCUCGGUCCCUGCUCCUGCCAACCUAGCAGUUCGAAAGCAAGUGCAAGUAGAUAAAUAGGUACCGCUCUGGCGGGAAGGUAAACGGUGUUUCCGUGCGCUGCUCUGGUUUGCCAGAAGCGGCUUAGUCAUGUUGGCCACAUGACCCGGAAGCUGUACACCGGCUCCCUCGGCCAGUAAAGCGAGAUGAGCACCGCAACCCCAGAGUCGGUCACGACUGGACCUAAUGGUCAGGGGUCCCUUUACCUUUACCUCUGGGAGGGAGAGCAUGCAAAGCCAGAAUCACAUAUAGUCAAAACUUUGGGUUCAGUGGCGGAUGGGGUUGCCAAAGUCUUUCCCAGAUGCCCACCCACCUUUUUAACUUUUUAAAACAGUUUUGCCAAGUGCAUAAAGCUGAAUGCGCACAAGUUAAAUGUGUGUAAGUUGCAAAUUACCUGUACUGUAAUUUCAUGGAUAAAGUCUCCUGGGAACUCGGAUCAGACCCACGCCUUCUCAGGAUUCCUGGUUGACUGGAUCUCAGUUUGUGGAAUGUCUGGACUUCCCACUUCUAACUAGUGCUAAAUGCACUAAAAGCAUUCUGGCUUCCUGAAAUUUUAGAACUACUCUUCGUAGCUCUGUGUUAUAGCUUCCUUCUGGCGAAUGGGCUGUUCGCCUGUGUUUCUACCCUUGCUGUUUGCCUUUAUGCCCCCUGUCUGGGCUCUGCUGUUCUUCUGCCACUGGACCACAUUUAAUACAGCGUGCCACUUCUUUCCCACUUGCCCUUCCUUUCCUGGGGCACAACUCUUUCAAGACUCAGCUGCCCAAGAGCGAAGGCCGAAAGCCAGAAGUGGGCAAUCUCAGUCCCUUGGGACAAAAUGUGGAUCUUCCAAGCCUUUCUGUGUGGUCCUUGGGACUCUGCAAGCCACACCCCUUGGUAGUCCUGCUGUUCCCCUUCUUUGGGUGCUUUUGCCUGGCUGGGACACAGACCUCCACUGAGAUGGUGCCUCUUCCUUGCCUGGAUGGGGAGAAUAAGUGUGUCUCUCUCUUUGCACAAACCUAUGCAGUGCACAGCUAGUACGUCGCCUUCUCUACAAAGUUAAGGUCACCUUUCUUGCCCCACCCACUUUCUCAGGCUCCACCCAUAACUGUCUUGUGGCCCCAAGGAGGCUACAAUUGAAAGGAUAUGGCCCUUGAAUUGCGACAUGUCUCCCCACCCCUGCUGUGAGCAGCCAAGACAUUUUUUCCUUCGUUUUCUUGUGUUCUGCAGGUUUAAUGGCUCCACAAGAGAGGCUUAUUUCAGCGUUGGCCUUCAAGGGAUCGCCGAAGAGAACAUUGAGACUGUGAAACAAAUUAUUUCCAGGACGGUUGAUGAAGUUAUUGAGUAAGUAAAAGCUGUGUGGGGUGGUUUUGUUUUGUUUUGUAGUGGCUGGAGAGUAUGUGAGUCAUUGAGUGUGUGAGUCUUUCUUUUUCCCUGUUUUUUAAUGUUUUCUUGGGAGUGGAAGUCUCCCUUCCGUGUGUGCUUUUAGAGCAAUAUUAACUGUCCGCUCGCUUGUUUGUUUUCUCCCAAGGAAUGGGUUUGAGGAAGAAAGGAUUGAAGCACUGCUUCACAAGAUUGAAAUCCAGAUGAAGCAUCAGUCAACUAGCUUUGGACUUGCUUUGACUUCAGUAAGUGCAGUUUCCCCAGUGAUGGGUCCAUGGCUUGUCUCCUUUCGAGUUAACAGCAUUUCUUAACAAUACCCUGUUAAUACGUUGGUCAUAUUCCUGUGUAAUAGGGUAGGAAAUGGGUUGAUCACAGGGGAGAAAUGACAGCAUUUCUUCAGUUCCAAGUCCAGUUAGCUUUUAAAGUUUACCUUCCAUAUUCAGGAUAAUCACGUCAAGAGUUCCAUCUUGCCAUUGCUUUUUAAACUAAAUCAUCUUUUCGUCAGAUUUCCCCUGCUGCACUCAUUGGCAUUGGUAUUGCUUUGGUUAUGCGCGGGGUGGAUUUGAUUUAAAUCAAACCGAUUUAAAUCACUAGUCAGUAAGAUUUGAUUUAAAUCAUUUUUCUUACAGAAAGAUUCGUUCUUGCUGGUAUAAUCUUAAUAUUUACAACCAGAGGAAAGUUUCAUUUUUGUAAUAAUAAUUCGUUACAUCGAAACAGGGCCCUGUCCUGGCUUCUAAUCCAUAAUUGACUUUUGACUUCUGCUCUAUGAAAGUGAGUCUCCAUCUGCAAGCUGAUAAAUUAUAAGGAUCAACAUUAUUGUUGAGUGGAAAAGAGAAAAUCUUUGUAACGAAUUAUUGUGUUAUACAUAUCUUUAUGUGUUAGAGUUUGUAAUCUCUCUUAGAAUUUGUAAUCUUUAUUUGAGUUUGUAAUUCUUGACAGAAUGCAUACUUUUGAAUGGAUUAGUUUUUGUUACUAUUGACUAUUGACUUGUGAGUAGGGACCACUCCCACCAUUGAAACUUACAUUGGCCUGAGUUCUUGGUGUGCUUUUUUCUUGGUAUAUUUAAUAACAAGAACUCCAACUUACUUAACUCCUGUCUUCCGUGGCUGGCUUCUAAUUCCUCGCCUCUUCUCAUCCCUCAAGUAUAUUGCCUCCUGUUGGAACCAUGAAGGAGACCCCGUUGACCUUCUAAAGAUCGCCGAGAAAGUGGCUCGUUUCAGGCAGUGCCUUAAGGAGGACCCCCAGUUUCUUCAGAAAAAGAUGAAGCAGUACUUUAAGGUAAGGACCCAGUUACAGGGCAGGAGACGACAACUCUGGACUUGCAAAGGUCCAUCACGUCCAGCACCCUGUCUCUUGACAGUGGUCAGCCAAGUGCCCCAGGCUGAAGAACACACCUCAUGGGAGACCCCCGGUUUUAAAAUAGCAGGCUGUUCUUUGCAAUGAUGGGCACUCCAUUUUCUGUUUUCUUCGCCUUGGUCCUGGGCAACAAGGGUAACCCCCAUAGGCUGACGUUGUCGAUGAGUCCAGAUGGAGCUUUUUAUGAGAAGCAAACCUCGAUGGAAGCGGCAAAGCUGAAAGAAAAACUCGAGGCCCUUUCUGAAGAAGAGAAGAAGCUGACAUAUGAAAAAGGUGGGGUGUUUUUCUGCCUGCUUUGACUCUCUUAUAUUUAUGUGGAUGGAGGGAUAGACAGACAGAGGAUGUGAAUAAGCUGCAGCUUAUUGCACUUCUUGUUCCCCUUUCCCCCAUUUCUGUAUUAAAAGAUAACAGAAAUUCAAACCACAUUCGUUGUGGUUUCCCAUUUGAGGUCAAUGAGCACUUUGAAAACGGACGUUUAUUUUUGUGUUUUUAUAUUGUGAACCACCCUGUGGCACUCAAUGAAGGGCAGUAUAAAAGUUUUAAAUGAAAUAAAUAAGUGAGGGGAGAUUUGUAUCCCUUUGUAUUCCACUGCCUCUCCAAAAUUUAGCAGCAGGGGACUUAACUUUGAAAACCACCAGGAGCUGUAUGGGAAGCAAAUUCAUUAAAUUCCCAGGAGAACGUUGUCAAAUCCCUCCUGUUGCCGCUGAACCUGAAUCCCUGUUGGAUAGUUUUUGUCAGAACCGCUGACCAACGUUCCACUUUUCCUUCUAGGGUUGGAACUGCUUGAUCUGCAAAGCAAGCCUCAAGACACAUCUUGCCUCCCGGCUCUGAAGGUCUCUGAUAUUGAGCCUAGGAUUGUGUUUACUGAGCUGGAGACGUCACUUACAGGUAAGACGGAGUCACUCAAUGCUGAUGUUCUGUUACAAAACAGAAAAUGUAGAGCCUGUGAACGUAGGUAGCCUUAUGUUGGAAUAGCAGCUCUUUCUCAGUCUGUUGACGCCACUCUGGGUUUCUUCCCAGGUGGAAAUGCAGGCAGGUUUCGGUUUAGUAUGAGAGGGCUCUGCAACAUAAUGCUUGCUGGAUACAGUAAAAUUUAGAAAUAGCCUAAUCACAAAGUCUCUAGACAGUAAAAUAAUUAUCAAUAACAUACAGAUAAAAUUACUGCUAUUUAAAGUCAUGUAUGCAUAACUGAUUUUUGCAUCCAGAUAGACUGGGGUGGGACAGGGAGGUUUUAGCAGCUGUCUUAAAGGAGUGAGUGCUCCUGUCCAGGGUUGCAGCCAGCCAGUCUAUUUUUCUGGGUGCUCCAUUCCAUUUCCCACGUUUUCCGAGGAAACUGUCUCCUUCUGAGUCAGACCACAAGUCUAUCUAGUCCAGUAUUUUCAACACUGACUGGUAGCAGCUCUUUGGGGUUUCAGAAAGGAGUUUCUCCCAACUCUUACCUAGAGAUGUAAGGGAUCGAACCUGGGAGGUGGGGCAGCUUGGAAUGGGUCUGUGGGUCUUAAGCUUUUAUACGAGGCAAGAGAAGGAUUUGGGCUUGAAUUGUACGGAGCUCUAUAUUUCCAAAGGAAGCCGGGCUUGUUUCUGAAACACUGCUCCCUCCAGUCUCCAAUUCUGUCACCAUAUAUUGAUGAGUUCUUCUCGUUUGUCUGUAGCUGAGGAUGUCCCAGUCCAGUACUGCGCUCAGCCCACAAACGGCAUGGUGUAUUUCAGAGCAGUUUCCAGUCUGAACACUCUUCCGGAGGAGCUCCGGCCUUACGUCCCGCUUUUUUGCAACGUCAUCACCAAGUAAGGAGGAGCUUUCUAUUUGUGCUUUGGGGAUUUAUUCCAGAGAGAGCCCAUGUGGUGCCUCCAGAUGUUGGACUGCCAGCUCCUCAUCGGUCCUGACCACCGACCAUACUCCCUCAGGCUGAUGUGAUGCAUAGUCCUACAACAGCUUGGUUGGAAUAGCUCAGCUGGUAGAGCAUGAGACUCUUAAUCUCAGGGUCGUGAGUUCUGGCCCAAGUUGGGCAAAAGAUUCCUGCAUUGCAGGGGAUUGAACUAGAUGACCCUCGUGGACCUUUCCAACUGUACAAUUCUAAGAUUCUGUGAACAUCUGCAGCGCACCCCAUGGGCUAUCUCUGCAAUAAACUUCAUUCCAGCAAAGGUGGUUAAUAAACACUAUUUCUUCCCUCUUUUGGGGUUGAUGAGUUGAUCUAAAUUCAAAUUAUUAUUUUUUGUGGGAAGACUAUUGGGGUGCAUGUUGUGGAUAUUGCUCGUUUAAUGGUAUUACAGUCUAUUUUUUAUAAUUUUUUUAUUAGUUUUUCAACGUAUCAUUUUCAACAAUAAUUGAAAAUACUUUUACAUCUUAUACAAUUUUUUUGACUUCCAUCAAUCACAUCUGAAAAUUUUCAAAUCUAUUUACUUAAUUUACAUUUCUUAUUUUCACCAUUACAUUUAAAUCUCAUAACUAAUAUCUCCCUUCUUUGCAAUAUUUCAUAUAUUUCUCCUUACAAAACUUCGUGUAGUCCUACUAGCGUAAUUUGUUGAUUACAAUUGCUCUUCAAAUAAUUCGUAUAUUCCAAUCUUAUGUAAAUCUCUGGUCACGCAGGUUUCGAAUCCUUCCUGUCAUUUUAUCCAAUUCUGCAUAGCCCAUUAAUUUUGUCUGCCAUUCUUCUUUCGUUGGUAUUUCUUCUUGCUUCCAUUUCUGAGCCAGCAAUACUCUUGCUGCUGUUGUUGCAUCCCUGUAUUACAGUCUAUCUUCAUAGUGUAAUGAGCUUGAACAAAAUAUGUAUAUCCUUGGCCAAGAAAGUUAAUAAACAUUUCUCCGAGCAAUUGCGGGGCAGGCCCUCCAGUACUGGGGCUGGUGACUUGGGGUACGAAGUUUUUGGGAGAAGAGCACAGCUGUAAUUCCUGCAUUGCAGGAGGUUGGACUAAAUGACCGUUUGGGUCCCUUUCAAUGCCACAGUUCUGUGAUCCUCUAGUUCUAAAGGAAGGUGCCUUGUGCCAUUUGGAGUGGCUUACCUGCGGCCUUCCAGGUGUAGCCCCUAUCAGCUGCAGCUGUCUGCCAGGGAUGAUGGAAGCAGCAGUCAAGCCACAUCUGGGGGGGGCAGUGAUUUUGCCAUCCUUCCCUUACACAGACUGGCGGUGGUCUCUCCCAGCUCUGCCUGGAGAUGCCCAGGGAUUGAACCUUGGAACCUUUCAUUCAUUCAUUCAUUCAUUCAUUCAUUCAUUUUAUUGCAUGCUCAAAGUGACUUGCAACAAAGAAACACCUCAAAACAAAACACCACAGUCUCAUAAUAACAUAGCAAAACAAGAACACAGUAACAAUUUCAAAACAACGUAACAAAACCAUUUCCUAAUAGCAGAAAUAUAAUAACAUACCAAAAAACUGCAUUCCAAUAUUAAAAAUGCAACAAGAUUACUUCCAACAACAUGCAACAUGAAGUAACAGAAAUAACAACCCUAAAGCUGUUGCUGUCUAGACUUGGUUGCUGAGCUACAUCCCUGGGAUUGCGCAGAGCUGGGUAUAAUUUCUUCUUGGCUGCUAAAGUUUAGUGUUGCUGCCCCCAAAUCUGCUAUGCUACUCGUAGAAGCUGCAGCGAACUUCUAGGCUCCAGCAGUCCCUUUUCCUGUUUGCUGCUGUUUUGGGCCAGCAGGUUUUAAGAGGACACCUGGCAUGUCCUCCUCUAAUGCUGCCAUUGGGCUUUUGCCUAAAUCUUCAGGUCUUCCAUCCCCCAGGCUACUCUUUCCCAGCUCUUUCUGCCAUUCCUCUUAGGGCUCGGCUUCCAAAACCCUUCUUCCAACAUGUGCAAAAUAAAUGCCAGGAGAGAAGAUAAUUAAAUGCUGCAGCCUUUUCCUUGGCCUGCUGUCCACACCCUACUUGCUCUCUCCUUCUUGCAGAAUGGGCUGUGGCGCUCUCAGUUACAGAGAACAGGCUCAAGAGAUAGAUCUGAAAACGGGGGGCCUUUCCGUCUGCCCUCAUAUCACCGUGGACGACUCCCACUUGGACGUGUAUGAGCAGGUAGGUCAGUCUCCAGGUCGGGUGUCACGUGGCGCUGGCGCUCUUUCAUGUUGGGGCUGUGUUGGCUAGAGAUGUGAGUGCCUCCCUUGCUGCAGAUGAGAUGCAAACCUAACUAAUGACUGGCAAUGCUGCUGAACUGCUUCAUGUUUCUAGGGCACCAUCCCCAGUAAAUAACUGUCUGGGAAUCACAGCUGUUAUUCCUUAAGUAAUUAUUUGAGGAUCUCUUACUGGCUUGUCUACUGAUCUGAGUUUUCUUGUUAAAUGUCUCCUUUAGGGUGUGCUCUUUUCUUCUCUGUGCCUAGAUCGAAAUCUGCCGGCCAUGAUGCACAUCUGGAGUGAAAUAUUCAACAGGUACUCUCUCUCUCUCUCUCUCUCUCUCUCUCUCUCUCUGUGUGUGUGUGUGUGUGUGUAUUGUUUGCAGUUGUGUGCUUUCCUGCUAAAAGAGCUAAAUGGCUUGCUUUUGAUAUAUGUCACAAAGCUUGGAGAUACUAGAAAAUAGAAUAACACCCACAAAACAUGGCCAUUCAUUUCAUAUCACCCUGAAAAUGAAAUAAGUGUAUAGCUAAAUGUGCACAGGAUUAAGCAUGGCUUUUGUUUGUUUGUUUGUUUAAUUCAUAACAAGGUAACUUACUUUUAAAAAAGAAAGAAUAUAGCUCUGUUAGUAGAGCCUAAGACUCUUAAUCUCAGGGUCAUGGAUUUGAGCCCCACAUUGAGCAAAAGGUUCCUAAAGUGCAGGGGGUUGGAGGACCUUUGUGGUCCCUUCCAACUCAAUGAUUCUCCAUGAAUAUAAGAAGGUUCAUUCUACUGAAGCAGACCAUUGGUCCAUGGGGCAGCCUGUUGUCUCCUGUCUCCUCCUGGCAGUCCUUCUUGUGAGUCUCAGGCUGAAAAGCAGUUUCCCUGAAUGCCUGAGAUCCUCACCUUUAACAGACUUAAACUGGAGUUUCUCACAUCCAAGGCAUGUACUCUGCCCACAAAUUAUGAGCCCAGUCCACAAGCACUUAAAGAUGUAAUGCGCAGCCAUCGUUCCGCGUGAUGUGAACAAACUUGGGUGAACAAACUGCCGCCCCUGUUGGAGGCAGUGUCCCCCCUGAUUACCAGUGUCUGGGGAAUGAGUGCUGUCAUGCUCAGUCCCUGUUUGUGUACCUCCCACAGGGCGUUGGUUGGCAAACAGGAUGCUGGACGAGAUGGGCUGUGGGCCUGAUCCGGCAGUGCUCUGCUUGUGUGGGAGUCACAUCAGGUGUAGCUGGAUGGAGUACUUGAGAAGCUUUUGAUUCAAACUUAGCUUGCUGGGUUAUCUGAGCCCAGAAAUAGGCUGCCUUUACAGUGGUACCUCAGGUUACAGACGCUUCAGGUUACAGAUUCCACUAACCCAGAAGUAGUACCUUGGGUUAAGAACUUUGCUUCAGGAUGAGAACAGAAAUCGUGUGGCGGCUGCGCGGCAGCAGCUGGAAGCCCCAUUAGCUAAAGUGGUACCUCAGGUUAAGAACAGUUUCAGGUUAAGAACGGACCUCCAGAACGAAUUAAGUUCUUAACCCGAGGUACAACUGUAUAUCUAAUCUAGAAGCCGCGUCUGGUGCAGAACGCAGUAGCCAGGCCACUUGAAUGCUCAGAAGAAGAAAUUGCCCUAAAAACUGAGCAGCUGCUGAGAGCAUCUCUGAAAAGCACUCUAGACCUUCCAGCGGAACGACCAGGGCUGGUGGUUAUAGCUGGAAGUUUUUUGCCCAACUCUUGGUGAUUAUACUUGGAAGAAGUUGGUCUUCAGUGAUGGCUGCGUCUAAGCCCUUUCAGUGCUUUUCUGCUGUGAUUCCGCCCCCCCCCCAUGCCUUUCUGCUUCCUCUCUCCACUUUCUGCAGCCCUCACUUUGAAGAUGAGGAACACUUCAAGGUUCUAGUCAAGAUGACGGCUCAAGAGCUCUCGAAUGGGAUUCCCGAUUCUGGGCACAUGUACGCCUCGAUUAGAGCCAGCAGAACCCUGACGCCAGCCGGAGAGCUGCAGGAAAUGUUUAACGGCAUGGAGCAGGUAAGGGGACAGCCGAAAGGAGAAUGCUUCCAUCAUUCUGGAAGAGGAGAACUGGCUUAGAUGAAGGUGUCUGAUUUGUCUAGCCAGCCCAGUGCUAUGUGCUCUGCAUAACAGCAGCAACUCCACAGAGAUUGAAGCAGUCUCUCAAGUAGCCUCUUCUGCACACUGCUGUUUCUGUUCCGACAAGAGUUCUUGCCUGAGGUUUCUAGAGAAGCACAUUGAAACAAGGGAGCAAUUCCCAGCAGCCAUAUGUGGGGAAGAAGGCGCCCCAGUUGUUUAUAGUCACAUAUUUUAAGGUCUCAGGUCUGCUUGGUGGGCUUUCUUUGCUUUUGCUUUACUAUUCAUUCCCUCUCUCCUCCCUGCUGCCCCAAUUCCGUUCAGGUGAGAUUGAUGAAGAGGAUUGCAGAAAUGUCCGACAUUAAGCCAGUGCUGCGGAAAUUGCCACGCAUCAAGAAAUACCUCUUAAACAGUGACAACAUGCGGUGAGGCUCUGUUAAUGUUCACCUGAUGUGACCCUAAGCUAGCCCCGGGUGGAUUUCUAAGCCCUUUGCUGGUUUCCCCCCUAACCUCCUAAUGGUGAAUCUUGCAUGUACACAACUGUGUGAGAGACAGGUAUUCUACAGAGCAUUCAGUUAUCAGGCAGUGAGCAUUUAAGAGAGGAUUAGUCUGCCUUCUUGAGCGUUAUCCAGGAAUUCAAGCAUCCGAAACUCUAGUGCCAAACGAAAGCAUUAAAUAAGGAAACACUGCUCGUUGGUCUGCAGGAGGGGGGGAAUACAUGAAAUCUGUUGCGAUGCAACCAUCAGCAACAAAGGAGAAUUAUUGAGCACCCUCCCUCCAUUGACCCAAGAGAACGCUGUUAUUCUGUGUUUCACUAUUUGCUUGUUCAUAGUAUUUUAAAACUGAACUGCCUUGAGUUCCUUGGCCAGGAAGGCUCUGUAUAAAUGCAGCUGGCAAAUAACAUACUACUUCUCAAGAUGGCGGCCUUGGGAGUCCACAACUCUUGGCUGCUCAAAGCAAGAAUUCUGGUCUCCAUCCCUCUUACCAGCAGGGAGAAGAAGGGAGUGUGAUUGCUUGGGUUACUGCAGUUUGAACACAGCUCCUGAUUUCAGGCAGCGGCAAGUGCAUCAACCUAGCUUGGGAAGGCGUGGCAAUGAGGGGAGUGUUGUGAUGUAGCAAUUAAAGUGUUGGACUGGGACUUGGGCGCCCGGGGUUCAAAUCCCUGCUUGACUAGUGAAGCUCACUGGGUGACCUUGGGCCAGUCACUGCCCCUAGGAUUGACCCUACCUUGCAGGGCAGGGCAUGGCGAUUGAGGAAGAACCAUGUACACCACCUUGGAGCGAAAAAGGUGGGCUAUACAGUAAAUAAAUAAUCUCCCAGCUUUGUAGCUGGGGAAGUUGCAGCGCUGAUGCCAGGACCACCGAAACCUCCCUGCUGAGCCUCUUCAGCUUCAGAGUUGGAGGGAAGCCUGGCUACAUACUGCCCUCGCCACGCAGAGCACUCAGAGACCAGAAUUAAAGUCCACCCAGCAUUUUUUAAAGCCAAUGAUAUUUGAUGGCUAAAGAGAACUCGACUCAGAAAAUUGAGAAGGUGUAAAAGCACAGUUUGUUCCUCACAGACGGUGUGUUUGUGCAUGUGAUAGAUGCAAUUUUAUUUCUGCCUAGAUGUUCGGUAAACGCCACCCCUCAGCAGAUGCCACACGCAGCGAAAGACAUCGAAAGGUUCAUAAAGGGCAUCGCCCGGAGUAAAAAGGAACGCAAGCCCAUCCGCCCCCAUGUGAUUGAGGUAAAGCAGGAUUAGCAGAGAAAGCGUUUGCAUUGCAGGUGACUUUCCAGUUCUCAUGCAAACGAGAGGCAGAAUUGGCUACAUAUCCGGUGCAUUUCUCUGUAGCUUGUGGAAAUACAAAUCUUGCAACACGGGCUGCCAGGGGCGCCUCCCCCUGCUCUCUCACAUUUCCUUCCUGCUGUGGUUCCUACAAAUGUUAGCAUGUUUCAAGUACUAUUCUUCCAUCCCUUCCAGAGGGAGCUGAGGCUGAGAUGAGAAGGGACAGUGCCUUUUGGUUCAUUGGUAUUGCAGCUGAAUUCUACAGUUCCGAGCAAGAUCUCACAUGUUGCUAAUGGUGUCCAAAUUUGAUCCGUGCAAUAGAGUUUGAGGGGUAUUGAGAGGGAGAGAAAACAUAGACUGCUUCCCUCCAAAGAUGCUGUUAGCUCCAUAGAGGGAGAUACCCUAGCAGUGCUUGUAUUUCUCCCCCGUGGUCCUGAUAGCUUCUGGGAGUGGGAUGGGGAUUUAGAUCAGGAAAAAUGUCUACAGAGCUCAAAUAAUGUAUGAAGCCCCCUGCAGCAGUUUUUAAAGCCAGAGGAGGGAUGGAAGGCUGGGGGGGUGUCACUUCUGAUAGCCCAUGUCACUUCUGCUUUGGCUGUUCUCGUUGCCUAGGUGGGAGCCUAUUUCAGCCUGGGAGCCGCAUUCCUUUGUAGAGAACCUUCUGGGGGCCACAUGCCAGAGUUGGGUGUGGGCAGAACAAUGGCUGUGACCCUUAGCCUUGUGCAAUAGGCUGCAUUUCGGCCCCAAAUCGCAAGUUCCUGUACACACUCAUAUCCCCCUUCUCCAUUCAUGCAUUAUUACAGUUUAAGUUAGGCAGAAACACUGGGGGCACAAAGCAGGUGCCCUAGAAGGAUUCAGCCUGGGGAGAGGGAGUUUUUGGAGAGCCAGAUAGAAAGACACGGAGGGCCACAUUUGGCCUCUGACCCGGAGGCUUCCCACCCCUGUCUUGCAUUGUAAUCCUCACAGGGUACCCCAGCAUUAGCACUGCCUGCAGGACAUGUUUUGGAUGCAACCCUUAGUGUGAUCAGCAGCAAAGUAUUGGACACAGCGGAAAGGAAAUGCGUGGGGAAGCUGUGCUGCUUACUUGGGAGAAACCAAUUGGAUCUCUCUUGUUUCAACCAUGUUUUCUCUUUGUAGAAACCUUCAGACCCCAAAACCGAUGGCAGUGAGGCGCUUGCUUGCUCCCAGAUCACCAGGAAGCUCAUUACGGUGAGUCUUAGUUCAUUUGCCUUAGGUCGAAGUUCCCAGUAUUUGUCACUACUCCCCAAAUUGAGCCUUACUGCUCUGAAGAUUAAUGUGCUCCUUUGGGCGGGGGGGGGGGAGGGCUGAGGCCUUUGCAGGAAGCUAAAAUUGGAUAAAAACUCAGGGAAGUAAAAUGGUCCCCAUCCCCCCAAAACAAUUGUGUGAUGGUAGCACCCAAUUCUAUUUCAUGAGUUGGUUUUUCUUUUAGAAAUAUUGCUCCAUACUGGCUGGACAGAAAAGAAAAAACCACCCCAGUGGGAAAAAUCGAGAUUUCUUAGAGUUGUUUUGUUUUGUUUGAGUGCUUUCUUCAUUUAUGAGAAGAAGAAUGGUCAGUGAUAAGUGGCUGGCAAUCGAGGAUGUUGUUUGUCACCUGCACAGGAAAAUUGUCUUAGAACAAAAAUGGCAAUCCUGUGCCCCCUUGUUGUUGGUCUCCAACUCCCAUCAGCCUCUGUCCGCAUAGCUCAGUGGUCAGGGUUGAUGGGAAGUGGAGUCCAGCAGAUUCUGGGAGCCGUAACUUUUCUGUCCCUACCCAAGAAAGACUUUGUUGUAGGCCUCCUUCUAUGUAAAUUCAACAAUGGCAGGUGCAUCUAGGGUGCAAUUUUUGCCCCACAAACUGGAUGGAGGACGACGACUUACCUAUGACCCAUCUCUGAAACAUUUUUUUGCCUCCAUAAAGUUCUUCAAAGUAGCAUACAGUAGCUUUUUAAAAAAAGUUGAAUGGAAUAUAAACAGUCUGCUCAUGUAUGCCAGAGAUUGUCUCCUGAUUUAUCCCCACUUGGGGCUUCAUAAAGUUAUAUUUCUAAAGCUACUAACGUUGCUGAGCUGUGUCCAGAAAUUAGAGCUAACCCAAGCCCUGCCUUCAUUGCUUAUAAAAGGCAACACUAGGCUAGGGAGGGAGGGAGAAGAGAGUUAGUUACAUGUCAAGUGAAAGUGUAUUCUGUUGAACGCCUGGGGAAUGCACAUCCCCUUUGCAAACUGUGCCCCCUUCAAAUGUGGGGCUGUGCUGAGCUGUUCCUUUGCUUUGACAACUACUGCCUUAAAAAAAACAAUAAUAAGGGGCAUCAAAUUCUUAAAAUGCUUUCCCUCUUCUCCCUUGCUGCUGGCUGUUCUGAGCCCUCCAAGCAAUCACAUUGAGACUCCGCAGUCUCAUUUUCCUCCUUCCUUCUCUCUCCAAGUAACCAGACGCAGAGUUGACUAUUAACCUUUCUGGACUCCUUUUGAUGCUCUUGAAUGGGUAAGAACAGGCGGCCACCUAAAAUUGAGUGUCCGCGCUGCUCUCUCUAUACACUCUCUGCCAGAGGUGAUCUCAACCAAAAACAAUGUGACUUUUCCUCCAGGAUCCCACUUUCCAGCCAUGCCAAAUGAAGACUCAUUUCCUUCUGCCCUUCCCUGUCAAUUAUGUUGGCGCCUGCGUUCGGACAGUUCCCUUUACAGCCCCGGACCAUGCAAGGUAAGACGAUGGGAAGUGCUGCCAAAUAGUGCAUGAUCAGAGUUGAAUAAACUUAAUCUCCAGUUGCGGCUGUGUUGAGAUCUGCAUUCAGAAAUAACCGACAGUGCUCUCGGGAAGACGUUUGCUUUCAAAACACUGGGAUGUUUUCUGAGUUACAGGCUGCUACAAGUAGUGCAUUUAUGUCUGGACUCACAGGCAGUGUGACCCACAGUGCACAAAAUCGGGCUUUCUUUCCCCCUCCCUGUUUGCUCUGUGUUGCUGCCUGCUUCUCAGCUCAGGAGAGCGUCUGUGGGGCACAGGUGGGUUUGGCUCACAAGCUUUGCUUGGGGGUGUGGCUUCAGCAACACUGCUUCCCAUGUGUGUCUUCAGGGGGCAUUGCUGCCAAGGUAACAGCAGCUGAUAAGGGACCACUUCUGAGCUAAUGACACCUGUGCUCUCCUGGCACUCAUUAGGCGGAGGCGCUGCUUUGGAGCAGCAAGAAGGAACCAGGUAGCUGGCACUGAUUCUGCCUGCGGAGCCCCCAGUUCGCUCUCCCCAAGGGAUGUCCAGGACAGGGGUAGCCACUGCUACUAUUCCUAUCAUCCCUACCUGGCUUUGCUGACUGGAGUUGGGAGUCUUAGCAGCAGCUAGAGGGCACCAUGAUCUAGCAAGUGCAUUAAAACUUCCACUUGGAGAAGCACGUUCCCUUACAUGCAUAAGUCUUGGGCUUUUAAAAAGGAGAAAAAAUGUGGUAUGGAAAUGUGGAGAUCAGAGAUCUUGACUUCUGUGGGGAGACAAGUUAUGAAAUCUUACUGAGUCUGAAAUUUUGCCCAUUAGGUACAUUUGUUCAUGCAGACUUAUAAUGAUGAUGAGGAGGAGGAAAAAAGGAAGGGCCAGGGAGAGAGCAUCUUAAUCAGAAUUGAAGGGUUGGAAGGUUCAUCUAGCCUCAACCCCCUGCAAUGUAGGAAUCUCUUGUUCACUAACGAUCUCUCUCUUUUUUCAGCCUUCGCAUCCUCGCCCGGCUAAUGACAGCUAAAUUUCUACAUACAGAAAUUAGAGAGAAAGGAGGUGCAUAUGGAGGUGGUGCGCAACUUGCCAGUAAUGGCAUAUUCAGUUUCUACUCCUAUAGGUAACUAGUUGACUGAGUGGAACCACACUGUCUUCCUUUGACUGUGCUUGUUUGUCUUUUUCUUUUUCUUUUUUUGUAAACCAGCAUUCUCUGCCAAAUAAAAUGAGUUCAGGAACUGGAAUUGUACAAGUCAUUGAGUGGUAAAGGGAGAGUAGAUUCUUGCGAUCUGCCCCAGAGCACUCAAAUCAGUGCUUUUAAAUUGCAAGGAAAUCCCAUAACGUAAAAAAGCAUGAACACGUCAGUGGUGGGAAAGCUGUGUAAUUGCUUUCCACUUUUGCAGUGCUGAACAGAAUGCCAGCGGUGUGUGGCUUGUAAGUGUUGGGAUGUACUGAAUAUAUGGAUCAGGUCCUGAUGGUCAGUGGCAAUGCUAGAGCAUCUGCUUUGCAUGCAGAAGGUCCCUAGCAUCUCCAGGUAGGGAUGGGAGAGGCCCCCAUUUGAAACCCUGGAGAGCUGCUGCCAGUCUGUGUAGACAAUAUGGAGCUAGAUUGGCCAAAGGUCUAUUUCAAUUUAAAGCACAUUCCUAUGUUCCUAUGAUUUCAAGCUUUCUAAGUUCAGAGAACCCAGCAGAUUUAUUUAUUGUAAGAACCUGCUCAAUACAAUGUUGUUGGGACAGAAUUACCCUCCAGAAGUCAACAAUGCAAUAAAAAUAGCAGUUGGGUUUUCAUGUAUCUGUGAUCACAGUGUGAGGCAAAGCUAGAUAAAGCAACCACUUGAACAAGGGCAAGUCACUUUGUGGUGUCAUUUCUCUGUAAAAAAAAAAUUGGCUGUAUAAACUUACCUGUGCCUUCCUUGCAUUUUAGGGAUCCAAAUUCAAUGGGUACCCUGUCUACUUUUGAAAAGGCCGCCGAAUGGGCCAAGGCGGGAAAAUUCACGCAGCAAGACAUCGAUGAAGCCAAGCUUGCCAUGUUUGCAUCUGUGGAUGCCCCCCAAGCACCAUCUGACAAAGGUAUGUUGACUUCUCACCUUGGGAUUGAGCCAAAUGAGGUGAGCGAAUAGCCUUUCCUGGAUCAAAAUAGCCAUCAGUCUGAAAGCCAAAAUAUGAUUUUGCACAUAUUUUAGUUAUCUUUGAUGCUUUUCAGUGGGGGCGGGGGGGCGGACCCAGUUUCAUAUGUCUAAAUCGCAGCCAAAAAGAGUUUCUGACAUUAUCAGGCAUUUCCAACAUGGAGAAAUUAUCUAAAAUUUGUUGCAUAAUUCUUGGCUACAUGCGCCAUUCCAGAAGAAUUGAGAGUGAUCUCAGUGCGUUAUGAAACAGAUCUGUCUAAAAGUAGGAGCUGCAGGAUGGAGGUGUGGUUUGCCACCUGCUGCUUUCACCCUUAAGAAUCAAGUUAGUUUUCUUAACAUUUGUGAAUUCUUUGUAGGGAUGAAUACCUUUUUGUACGGGAUCUCCGAUGAGAUGAAGCAGAGGCACAGAGAGCAUCUUUUUGCCGUCUCCAAAGAUAACCUCAUAGAUGCAGCCAAUAAGUGAGUUUGUGUGCCUGACCGGGAAGUGCGAGACUUCUCAGAUAGCUUUCCGAAACCCAAAAGGGGAGUGGGGGGAACUGAUGUUUGCCACACAGCCCUUUAAUUUUCAGGAUUGUGGGUUUCCUGUGGCAUGGGGCUAUUGAAUGGGAUAGUGGGACAAAACAGUUGGAUGUGUAAAACUUACACAGAACCUAGAUUUGUGAAUCAAAUCUAGCUAGUUGGAUGGCAGUAUGCUAAGGUGUCAUUGGGACUGUGGUGAAGCCCUAGAAUAACUCAAAAGCAAGCCAAGCAUGAAUUGCAGACUGAGGAAUGUGUACAUACAAAUAUGCUCUACUUCUCCAGCAUCAAGUGAAAGGGAGCUCCAGAGUCUUUGAUGCUGUCUAAAAUUAAAACGUUUUUUCAGAAUGACAUGUGCUGUUCACUUUCUGAAUUGCCCUUUAUCAAUAAUGAUCCCAGUGCAAUUUAAAACGAAAGCAUCACUUUUGCCCAUUGAGUCCUGAGAAUUGGAGACUCCUAAUAUUCCCUACACUUAUAUGCUGAACAGACAAUUGCAAAUGAACAGUAGACUAAUGGUGCAUGCUUUGUUGACUUUCAGAUAUCUUGCCGCUGGGAAGAGAACAAAAGGACUGGCUAUUCUUGGCCCAGAAAACCCACACACUGCCAAAGACCCUUCGUGGGUUAUACGAUGAUAUUUGCUGCCGGCUCAGAUUAAAUGCAAUCGUGUGUGACAGAUACCAAAAUAACUUGGGGUCCUCCUCUAUAGCAGUGCUGUCAGGACCGGACAGCACUACACUUGUGUAUCUUAAAGAGCUUGACUCCACAGUGGUGCUUACUUCUCAAGCAGGAUUUCGCCCUCUGUCAGUCUUUCACUACUUGCCAAGCCGAAGCUCUGGAUUAUGGUCCCAAUCUAGCUCAAUAACUCUGACUAAUUUCCCACCGGAACUACUGUUGGUUCUGUCUAGCUGAUCAUGAUUAAGUUUAACUAGAUGGUACUUUGCACUUUGUAGAAGCACACAAUUAAGUUUUCUGUUUCCUUUAAAUCAUGUCUAAUAGAGUUCGGGUUUCCUCUUUUUUUUAAGAUUACUGUUAUUGACCAUCUUCAGUACUCUUAUUUGAAUAUUGUGUAUUCCAACCUUGUGCCAUUAAAUAUUGCCAGCCUCUGAUGAAUUGUUCUGCUUA